GGGCUGGUCGCUCUGUAACGUCAUGGGAAGAUGGCGGACCCAUUUACGGGUGGCCAAAGCUCUAGAGCAAGUAAUGCUUUACAGAAGCGACAAGAAUCCCUAAAACGAUGGACGAAGAGCGAGACAGCCCUAGAAUCUUCGGACACGUCGAGAAAGAAGACUAAAAUUCAGUUUUCGCUUGGAACUGUGUUUCUUUCGGCGGUAUCGAGCGGUGACGUGGAGGAGGUGAAGAAUCUUCUGGCCAAAGGCGCUGAUAUAAAUCACCAAAAUGUCGAUGGACUCACCGCGUUACAUCAGGCUUGCAUCGACGAAAGUUAUGACCUUGUUCAAUUUUUGGUCGACCAUGGAGCCCGAAUGGACAUACGGGACAACGAGGGUUGGACGGCUCUACAUGCUGCAGCUAGUUGCGGGAGCGUUGAAAUAGCACAAUGUUUAAUUGAUCAUGGAGCAGAUGUUGCAGCUGUUAAUAAUGAAGGGGAAUUACCUCUUGAUCUUGCUGAGGAAGAAGACAUGGAAGAUCUUUUAACUGAUGAGAUCGAAAGAUUAGGAAUUGAUGUAGAACUAGCAAGAAGUAUAGAAGAGAGAAUAAUGUUAGAAGAUGCCCAAAGUUGGGUGAAUGGUAGAACAAUAAAUGAAAUUAAAGAUAUUAGAUCAGGUGCAACUCCAUUGCAUGUUGCUGCAUCAAAAGGUUAUUUACAAGUUAUUAGUCUUUUACUUCAACUUGGUGUUGAUAUCAAUGCAAAGGACAAUGAUGGCUGGACGCCAUUACAUGCGGCAGUCCACUGGGGGCAGAAUGAUGCCUGUGAAGUAUUAGCUGAUCAUGGAGCUAACUUUAGUGCCAGGAAUAGAAUGGGCUCAACACCCAUUGAUCUGGCAGAACCAGACAUGGUUAAAAUGCUUGAGGAGCUCAAGAAAAGACAAAAUGAUAAACCGAAGAUCAAUGCAUCGACAACGCCAGUUAUUAAAAGCAAUAUGGAAACUGGACCUGCCCCAUUAAAACGACGUCUUUCUGAAUCGUCUAGAGCUAGAAUGCAACGUACGCUACCCCCUGCUAACAACCCUGGACUGCUGGACAUCAAUCAGGAGAGGGCUCAAAUGGAGGCCAGCAGGGAGCAGAUGACGUCCCCCAAGAGCCGCAGCUCCAGGCCGCCGAGUUUCUCUGAGUCACCCAAGGAGGAUAAGGAAAACGAGAAGGAGAAACGAGACGGAUUCAGCAAAGAAGACAGCGGAUCCGAGUCGGAUACCGAGGAUAGCUCGGAGGAGUCGAGUGAAGAAGACUCCGAAGAGGAGGAACCCCCUAAGCCGGCGGUGAACUCGGUCCCUCCCAGGCCGAGACCUACGGUGAAUUCUCUUCCUUCAAAACCUGCGGUCAAUUCACUAAAAAAGCCAGCGGAGGAAUCUGAAUCGGAAGAGGAAACCGGCAGUGAAACUGAAGAAUCCUCCGAAGAGGAGGAGGAAGAGGAGCCGGUCAAACCCGAAACGCGAACAGGUACAACCAGUUCUACGACGCGGACGCUUGCGUCGCGUCUGCAGAGUGCGCCUGUAAGUGCGCCGAGACCUGGGGUAGGAGGCGCGUCUAAGCUUCUUAAAUCCCCUUUUCUAGACAAUGAUAAGAAGGCAAAUGCUCCUUCUUCACCUGUUUCAAAAACUGAACCUUCUAGGACUUCUAGGUUUGCUGAUAAGGAAGGUACUAGAGAGGAAACAAAGUCACGGUUUGGGAGCUACCCAACGCGUACUACAGCGGAUACUACGAGUAAUACAUCCAGUACCACUACCAGUACUCGGAGCAGAAUAAGCGCCACUCCGAGCGAGGACAGUCAAACGAAAACAAGACGAACCAAGAGGGUCACUCAGAGAGCCGCUACCUCUUACGUGGGAAAUGGCGGCAAAGGAGACGAAGAGGAAGAGGAGGAAAACGAGGAGGAAGAUAGAAAAAGUAAUGAUAUCAGUCACAGGAAAGUGGUCGAGGAGCGCAAGGACACUUCUGUGCGGCGGGGAUCUAGAGAAGAACCGAAGUCGACAAGACCUUCCUCUGACACGUUCCUGAGCCGGCGGAACAGGUUAAGCGGAACAGCGGAGGACAAGAACGAGGCGGACGGUCGGCAGAACACACGGCAACAGCCGGCGGGAAGAAACAAGGAGAACGAGGAAGCCGAGUUACCGGCCUGGAAGAGGAGGUUACAGGAACGAGAAAGGGAACGAGAGAAGGAAAAAGAGAAGGAGAAGGAGCGGGAACAAGAAAGGGAAAGAGAGAAACAGAGGGAGAGAGAACGGGAAAAAGAGAAGGAGAAAGAGAGCGAGAUGCCGAGCUAUCGUCGCUCCAGGCUGGAAAGGGAGAAGGAAAAGGAAAAAGAGAAGGAAGAAAAAGAGAAAGAAGAGGAUGACUCGUCUUCAUCAGCAGCAGCUCGUGCGAGGAGGGCCAGGAGACUGAGAGAGAAACGCCGAGGAGGGAGCGAUGAAGAGGAAACUGAGGAAGUAAAAGACUCCAAGAAGAACACCAAACUUAACGAAGAGAACGACGAGAAAGCACCAGUAAGCAGCAGAAGGCGAUCCCAGGAAACUAGACAAGACGAUGUCAAGAGUACCACGGACAGAAUAAGAGGGAGAGGAACUAGUGAUUCUAAAGGACCUUUUGGUACUUCCAAGGCAAACGCUACUAUAACAGAAACGGAUCCACAAAAGUUGAAAGAAAGGCUUCAAGAGGCACAGUUAGAACUUCAAGAAUACAAAGUCAAACUAGAAAAGGCCUUACAAGCGAAGGAAGAGCUUGAAAGAAAAUACGCUAACGCAGAUGAUGACCUCAAGCAACUAGCAGACCUGAGAGCGGACAAUCAGCGGCUGAAAGACGAGAACGGCGCUUUAAUCCGUGUUAUAAGCAAGUUAUCACGACCUCCUACUUGACCAGCAACUUUGAUACACAAUAGCAGAAACAGAGACCUUUAGAACAAUAUGGACAAACGUAUAACCCCUCUUUCCUGGUCUUAAACUGUAGCUAUUUAUUCAGUACGAGACCACAGCUCAGAAAUUCUUUAAUUAUGCUAGGAGGGAGGGGUGCCAGGGGGAGUCGGAUUUUAUAGUCUUCCCUGCCAGAUUGGAGUACAAAGCUUAGGUCUUGGUUGGGUUCGUUUACAUUUUUUUCCCUUGUUGUUGUGUAGAUAUGUGUACGUUUUGUAAUUGGGCGUCAGUCAAAUAGUCAAAAAGAGUAAGGAAGAUCGGUUCUAACAGUCUAGAGACAAAGGUGAACCGAGAGAGAAAAAAUACGAUUUUACAAUUGAAUAAUAUGUGAAAGUUCUUUGAAAAGCCCUUGUUCUGCAUAUUUCCAAUGCAGUUUUCUCUAAGUGUAUAUUCUAGUUUAACGGUGAAAGCGCUUUUCAUUAGUUACGCAGAACGUUUUUGUCUGCUAGAAGCUUUUCUAUUUUGUCACACUGUGAAGGGUUUAGUGAUACUGAUCAAAUGAAUGGCAGAGAUUCAACUACUGUAGUAAAGUUUAGUUUUGUAUGACUUUUUUCCAUAGACGAUUCAGUAGAACCGUGCAGUAGUUGUUUCUUGUAGAAAGAAAUAUAGAAUGAAUCGAAAUAAGCCUUUUCGACUAUGUCGCGAUACAGUUUUUGAUUGAUUGCAAAUUCAAAUUAGUCCAAUGACAAGAAGAAGAAAAAAAGAAGAAUUUAAUAGCAGUCAAAGCAACUUUGUUAUCUCAAAAAAUGUUCCGCGCCGUCUCAAAUAUAAUUGUAAUGAAAUUAACAUUUAUUAUAUCGUAUUCUUGUUAUUGUGCGUAUAAAUUCUGAUGAUAUAAAUUAGUUAGGGUUAGACGUAGUUUUGGCUCUCAUCACAAUCGUCAAUUUUGGCUGGUCACGCUGCCUUUUUUCCUUUGAGCGGGUAAGAUUGCGUGACGAGCUAAAAUGCGCCUGUGCAGUAAGCUAACGUAGUCUGUGAUUGGUCCGUUCCAAGGCAGUCGGAGGAGUAACUAGACUUUGUGGGGUUGGUGUCGCGUCUCUAUGACUACACUCGGUUUUUGUCUUAGAGGCGUGACGCUAGCUUACGUGACAUUUCCUAAUUGGACAGCAUGUUCACGGAGGAUUUGUUGUUUCACCGACUGAAAGUAUGAAACCUAACUUAAAUACGUUUGAUGAAACACGGUAGAGCCACUGCCCUUAUAGGAAAACGCACUGAGUUUUAAGGCAACUUCAUAAUAUCAGCGAAGAAAUUAUAUAUAUCUAGGUCUUAGUUUCUUUAUUGUGGAGUCGUCAAGUCGCUUUCAGAAGUAAAAAUUUCUUCGGUGCUAUUUUCGAGAAAACUUUUUAUUGAAUCAUUCUUUCGUUCAAUGAGGUCUUCUCUUAUAUCUUAUCAAAAUGAAGAUUUAACAAGCGAAAGCUGGCGGAGUCAGGUUGUUUAUAAUAUUGUAUUGAAGUUGCCUACUUAGUCGUUAUUUUUUGUAAUUGUCGCCCUUUCUAUAGUUUAGUGGAAUCCACUUUCGUGAAAGGUCGGAAUGGCUCUAUCUCCUUUAGGUCUUGGCCUGUUCCUCGCUUCAGGUCGACUUGCCCACUGUGUAUUUUAGCACUGUGCAAGUUUAAUAUGACAUUGCUUUACAAGUAGCUCUCUAUCUUUGUAUUUUACAUAAUUACGGACUAAACUAAUAGCCUUGUAUGAUUAGUUGUCCCGUCUUUGUUGGUUCUGUGUUGAAUACGAACCCUAACUGCUAUAAAUAUACAAAUCUCCUAUAAA